AUGGAGUCGAGAAUCGGCCGAUCUGUACCAGAGCAACCAUCAACACCGGCGAUUACUGCUCCGACUCCGGUUCCGGUUCCUCCACCGUCAACGAGGAGGCCGAGAGUGAGAGAAGUCAGUUCGAGAUUCAUGUCUCCGGUUUCUUCAUCUUCAUCAUCAUCUUGCGCCGGAGAUCUCCAUUCGUUAACUUCGAAUUAUCCGAGACAUCAUCAACACCAGAUUCACCAGAACCAGAGGUCGAAUUCGGCUCAGAGACUAAGACGACAGCUAAAAAUGGUAGACGGAGACGAGAAUCGCCUCUCCGAGACUGCACGUAGCCUAGACUCGCCGUUUCCUCACGGAGGCAAAAACCACCCAAAGCAUCAUCUAAAUCAAUCGAAACCGUUAAAAGAAAACGGACAACACCACACUCCGACACCGACACCGAUGUUGCCUCCACCGUCUAGAUCUCGUCUUAACCAACAGAGAUUGCUUGCUUCUUCCUCUGCAGCGACUAAGCUUCUACACUCAUCGUUAUCAGGUUCUAUAGACGGUGAAGAAAACAACAAUCCGAAGCUAUUCAACAAUCCAAAAGCUUUGCCUCUUUAUCGAUCGUUGAGUUCGUCUUCUUCGUGCGAUGAUUCUUCGAUGUUUCGAGAUGUUAGAGCUUCGUUGUCGUUUAAGAAUGGGGUUGGUUUGUCAUUGCCUCCAGUGGUGCCUAAUUCGAAGAUUCAAGCCGAUGCGAAAAAGCAGAAGAAAGUUUUAGGACAACAAGCGGAUGCACACUCUCUGAAACUGUUACAUAACCGCCACUUGCAAUGGCGAUUUGCGAAUGCGAAUGCUGAGGUCCAAACACAGUCUCAGAAAUCACAAGCUGAGAGAAUGUUGUAUACACUUGGUGUGAAAAUGUCGGAGUUGUCGGAUUCUGUACAGAAGAAACGCGUAGAGCUGCAACGUUUACGGAGAGUUAAAGCUGUUACGGAUAUAGUAGAGUCUCAAAUUCCUUCUUUGGAACAAUGGACUGUUAUAGAAGAAGAUUACUUAGCUUCUCUUUCGGAAACAACUCAAGCUUUAGUGAAUGCUUCAUUGCGGCUCCCUCUUGAUGUUGAUAUUAAGGUUGAUACUAAAGAGUUAGCAGAAGCACUUGUUGUUGCUUCAAAAUCUAUGGAAGGGAUUAUGCAACACAUUGGAAGUUUUGUACCUAAGACACAAGAGAUGGAGACUUUGAUGUCGGAACUAGCAAGAGUGAGCAGCAUUGAAAAAGCAUCAGUAGAAGAUUGCGGAGUUGCACUUCUUAAGACACAUUCGUCACAUCUUAUUCAGCACCAGAAGAAGACCGAGCCGCAAGAGAAGAGCACAACAACUAUUGCGUGA